CGACGACGACGAUGACGGCAGGGCAUUAAAGUCUCCGACGUCGAACAGUUCGCGUGUGCGCGCUCUCCUCCGUAUACGCGCGUAAACGUAACGCGAUCGUAUAUCGUCAGUAUGCGAUAAUAAUAGUAAAAAUAAUGAUGAUAAUAAUACAAUAUUAAUCGUACGCGACGAAAUUUUUAACGUUUUACGAAAGUGCGUUACGCCGGGCUGGUUUAAAAAUAGCUCCAGAUCGCCGUGCCUUACGCCCAUAUCGUCAUUACGACGCGUAUAAAAUUGAUUAUUAAUAUUCAUAAGAUACUGACGGACUUGCUACAGCUGCAGUCGUAAAUCGUAAUAAUAUUAUGCAUGCGUCGUGAUCUCCGUUAAUAUAAUAUUAUACGCAUUAUCGUGCAGAUAAUAUUUUGAUUGGCCGCGUCUCGUCUCGUUCGAUCGAUGCCCGUCGUCGGUCGGUAACUGCGUCGCCGUGGCGCGCGAAUUCUGUCGGCCCUCGACGGGCGCGGGAAGCACGUGUAAGUGAUAAUAACGCCACGCAAACAGCCGACCACGGCUACCAGCAUACGGGAAGGCCCCGGGGGCAUGCCGCCGGUUUCGUAGGGCUCCACCGGCCCAUUAUGCGCACAGUCCGGACGGGUAUCAUCAUCAAGGUGUUGUUUUGGAACAUUUUGUUGGCCGUCAACUUUAGGGUAUUGGCAAGCGCGUUUGGUGCCCAAGUGAUUUGCAACAAAAUAGUCGGACUGACGGCAGGUCAACGGAGGAUUUGCGCCGCUGCACCUGACGCGAUGGCUGCCGUCGGUCACGGCAUACGGAUGGCCAAACAAGAAUGCCAACAACAGUUUAGUACACAUCGGUGGAACUGUACGGGACCGUCAAAAGGCAACCCGUUUGGACACUUACAAAUCACCGCAAGCCGAGAAGCGGCGUACAUGUACGCUGUGAUCAGUGCCGGUGUGACGUACGCGCUGAUGGACGCGUGCAGCCGGGGCAACAUAUCCAUAUGCGGGUGCGACGCGCACUACCCGAGUGCCCUGGACGACGGGCCGGCAGCUUCCGCGUGGAAAUGGGGUGGGUGCAGCGUGGACUUGGGCUUCGGCAUGGGAUUUGCCCGCAAGUUCCUGGACGCCCAGGAAUCGGACGCUGGCGAUUCUCGGAGUCUGAUGAACUUGCACAACAACAAGGCUGGCAGAAAGAUUGUCAAGAUGUUGUUAAACACAGACUGCAAGUGUCAUGGGGUGUCCGGGAGUUGUACGAUGAAGACAUGUUGGCACAGUUUGCCACACUUCCGGGAAGUCGGCAAAGCUCUUAUGCGAAAGUAUCGGAAAGCACGUAGCGUCCAGGCCGCCGGGACAACAACCGCUGUCAGCGGUGGUAAUCCGCAGAGAGCUUCCGGCAAACGGUCGUCAAGACGACUGAGGCUCAGGCUCAGGUCAGCCAGGUCAGCGGCGACUGGGUCAGCAGACGAGGAGGAGCCGAAGAUCACCGAACUCGUCUACCUGGAACAGUCACCAAACUACUGCGACCGAGACUUUGGCACCGGGUCGCUGGGCACGUACGGCCGUUCCUGUAACCGGACUUCUGAGGGCACGGACGGCUGUGACCUGAUGUGUUGCGGACGCGGGUACAACACGCACCAGUUCACCAGGACCAAACAGUGUCGGUGCACGUUCUAUUGGUGCUGUUACGUCAAGUGCGACACGUGCGUGGAACGGACCGAAGAAUACAGUUGUAAAUGACGUGCUCGCAUUAUGUAAAUUAUAUAAUAUAACGUGUAAUUGUUACGCUGUUUAUAAACUUAUCGUAUUUUUUUUUUGUAUCGUCCACAUGUUCCAAUAAUAUUUUAAUUUAUAUUACCACACACAAUAUUAUUAUAAUAAUUUAUAGGUAUAUAUUAUAGUUUGAAAUUUUAUCAAUAAAAUUACCGUUCAAUUUGUGUACAAUAAUAUAAUAUGCACUGUGUAGUUGUGUGA